AUAUAACAACUCUCUUUGAAAAUGAUCGUCACUUUUCUCAUCUUUCAACUCUGGAACGGGAAAUGGCAUUUCGAACUGAAAUGGGUCUUUAUUAUUCCUAUUUCAAGACUAUAGUUGAAGCAUCAUCAUUUUACAGUGGAGUUUGGAUGAUUAUGAAUGACAAUCUAACUGAAUACCCUCUUGUAAUAAACACACUGAAAAGAUUUAAUCUCUAUCCAGAGGUUGUGUUAGCCAGCUGGUACCGCAUGUAUACAGGGACAAUGAAUUUUAUUGGCAUUCAGACCCAAAAAUGUUGGACUGUGAAUAGGGGGGAAGGUCUGAGUCCUGUUGAAAGCUGUGAAGGAUUAGGAGAUCCUGCUUCUUUUUACGUGGCUAUGAUAUUUCUUCUGAAUGGAUUAAUGGUGUCAGUUUUCUUCUUAUAUGGCACAUACCUAAGUGGGAACAGAUUUGGAGGGUUACUUACAGUGGCAUGCUACUUUUUCAACCAUGGGGAGAGUACUCGUGUGAUGUGGACCCCUCCUCUCCGUGAAAGCUUUUCAUAUCCAUUCCUUGUGGUUCAGAUGUUAUUAUUAACCUACAUUCUCAGGACUCAGAAUGUUAAUAGAAGAAGCUUGAUUGCACUAUCUGUUUCUAAUGUUUUUUUCAUGCUUCCAUGGCAGUUUGCUCAGUUUGUUCUUCUGACACAGGUGGCAUCUGUUUUUGGUAUAUAUAUAUUAGGAUUCAUUGAUUCAGCCAAACUACAGAAGAUACUUUAUGCACAUAUGGUGUCACUUGCUGUAUGUUUUGUCUUUAUGUUUGGAAACUCUAUGUUGAUGACAUCGUAUUAUGCUGCCUUUUUGAUAGUCAGCUGGAGUAUUCUUGAACUGGGCCCUAAGUACCUGAAAGUGUAUACCAAAAAUAUUCCUUCAUGGGCUUUGGAAGGAUUAUCUUGCCUCUUUGGGACAAUUACCUUGAAAUUCUUGAUGAGUCUAAUAUUUGGAAUAUCUGAUGAUGCUCAUAUAAGUAAUCUGUUAAAAGCAAAACUUACCGGUUAUAGAGAUUUUGAUACAUCAAUGUACACUUGUGCUGUGGAGUUUGAUUUCAUGGAAAAAGAGACUCCAGUAAGAUAUAUGAAGACAUUCUUGCUUCCGGUAGUUCUUAUUGUUUUUUCAGUAAUUGUUGUAAAGGCAUUUCAACACGUUAUGCUUAAAAAGAAAUCCUCAGAAAGACAAAAUGAUUGUUUUGAUCAUGGUGAGAUAGUAUACCAUGCAUUGCAGCUAAUUUUUUUUACAAUACUUGCUGUUUUAAUUAUGAGACUAAAGCUGUUUCUGACACCACAUAUGUGCAUUAUGGCAUCCCUGAUAUGCUCAAAACAGCUGUUUGCAUGGGUUUUUUACAAAAUCCAGCCUGGAACACUUGUUCUUGCAAUUUUGGCAAUGAUGGCAUUUGAAGGAAUAGCAAAUCUUCAAAAAGAAUGGAGUAUUGUGGGAGAAUUUAGCAAUUUGCCCCAGGAAGAACUACUGCUAUGGAUAAAAGCAAACACCAAGCCAGAUGCUGUUUUUGCUGGUGCAAUGCCUACAAUGGCAAGUGUAAAAUUAUCUGCACAACGACCUAUUGUGAAUCAUCCCCAUUAUGAGGAUGCAGGUUUACGGCCUGGUUGCAGUAUGCCAGAAAUUUGGGACAUAGAAGAUCUUGCCAAUGCUGGGAAAAUUCCCUUAUGCAAUCUCAUGUGCAAAGAUUCCAGGCCAUACUUCAGGACAGUGUUUAACAAUAAUAUAUUCAAAGUAUUGGAAGUUACCAGGGAAUGAUUCUUCAGUACAGUAUAGUUUUUGGCUGUAUAUGUUUUAAACCGGCAACUGUUUUUUAAAAAAUUCUCUUUGAAUUCCAAGUCCAUUAUAAAAUAAUAAUCAUUUUGAUGUUAAUUACAAUGGAUUGCGCUAUUAGAUUUGACUUGUAUUCCAGAGAAUUCAAUACUCAGUUUUUUGUCAAUUGGAGCAAGUGAAGCAGUGUCCCCAUGACACUGGAUGAGGUCCUCAGAAGAGGAGUCCAACUGUAUUUAUUGAGAAGUAUGUUCACUUGAAAAAAAGAUGAGAAUGAUUUUAGUUUGGAACUGCUGGUGUUCUAAGAUACUAACUGGAAUACCAGGCUUUAAAAUGUGAAUAGUUAAAAUAUACUUUGGCCCAAAUUUGUCUCUUUCUGGGACAGUUGUUUAAAAUUUGCUGUGCAAAUGUUUAUUGCAUUUAAACACUUCUUAAUAAAUACUGAUCCUAAGAAAGUGAGCAAAAAUACUUGUAGAAAAUAAUGCCAGAAUCAGUGAAAUUGUGAAGGCAAUGAUUCCUAGCAAAGGUGGUGCAAUUUUAAACCCUGAACGAAUAAGAGUUGACAUAUUGUAGUGCAAUACUUAACAUUCUCUCACUUAUAGUCAUCAUUACAUUGCUAAUUCCACUUUCUUUGCAUGCUUCUCCUUUCUGAAUAAGCAUAGUUUUGUGAAGAAAUUGGAUCGUUUCCAUGAUCCUAUGUCAGUGGAAAUUGCUGUUUGCUUUAUCAAAACUAAAGAAAGGUCACUGAUGUUUUUCAAUCAUUUUACAACUAGUUUAUUUGUUCUACAUUAAAAUUCUGAGUACCUUAGAAUUCAUAUUAAGCCAGAUGUACAUAACAAUAAGACAGAAUGCUUCUAAAUUCUGGCUUAUCAAGAUUGAGCAAGCAUUCUAGUGUAUGUGCCCAAUCUUUCCUAUUUCCUUUUUUGUAAUAUAAUACAUCCAAACUAAAAUUCCUGGUUUGUUGCUUUUUUAACAAGACAAACUUAGAAUCCAACAUUUAUUCCUGGCUUGUUUAUUGGCUUGAGAAUAAUAAUCCAAGGGAUCCUUGUUUGAACAGGUUUUGUACACAUUUUCAUCAGCAGCAGAAGUAGUUGAGAAAUAAACCAACCCAAUGUAGAUAGAAAGAGAAUACAGUAUACAUACUUCAGCAGUUCCUAAAAUUGGACUGCUGAAAUUCAUGUAAACUUAUCUGAAUUUUUGCUACUGUUGACAUGCUAUGAUAAACAAAACUAAAAUUAUUGCAUGUGUUAAUCUUUUAAAAACAGAAAGUUUCCAGGAAAAUCGUACUAUUUUGCCUUAAUGCAAUAAAGGAACAUUUAUCCUUCUUUUAGAGAGUUUAACAUGAUAGGAAAUAACAUUUAUUCCCUAAGAAAUAAACUAUAACCACUUGGGUGCAAAUGUUUUUGUAUGACUCCAUUA